AUGAUUCUGAGGUUUCUCAUAUUCACAGCAUUGGCUGUGACAACAGCCAAUUCUAGUACACGACAGCAGGCGGCAGCUGCUUCGUCGGCUUUUCAUUCUAUUCAAGUCGAUUCUCCACCAUCAGUGCGUUCUCGAAUAAUCUCCGCGUCUGUGAAUACGGCGUCUUCAGUUUGCAACGAAAACGAUUUCCGAUGUUCUGAUGGAAAAUGUAUUCGUGCCGAAUGGAAGUGCGAUGGAUCUGGUGAUUGCUCAGAUGGAGAAGACGAGAAGGAUUGUCCACAUCCUGGCUGCAAAUCCGAUCAAUGGCAGUGUGACACCUACACGUGGCACAGUGUCUCCUGUAUCGCCGAAUAUCAGAGAUGUGAUAAUAUCACGGAUUGUGCCGACGGUUCUGAUGAAAAGGAUUGCCGUGAGUUAUGGACAUCCGGACACACCGACAAUCUCUCAUUUAAGCUGCUUCCACUGUCGACUGCAGCUCUCCGAACGUUUUCAUGUGUGCCGAUGGUCGUCAAUGCUUUGAUAUCACCAAAAAAUAAGGACUCGUGCUCUCGUAAUCACACCGCCUGCUUCCAAUAUCAAUUCCGUUGUGCUGACAAGACGCAAUGCAUUCAAAAGUCUUGGGUUUGCGAUGGCUCCAAGGAUUGUGCAGAUGGAUCCGAUGAGCCAGAGACGUGUGAGUUCAAAAAGUGCACAGCCAACGAGUUUCAAUGUAAAAACAAACGUUGUCAACCGCGAAAGUUCCGUUGUGACUACUAUGACGAUUGUGGUGAUAAUUCUGAUGAGGAGGAGUGUGGAGAAUACAGAUGUCCACCUGGAAAAUGGAAUUGUCCGGGUACUGGACACUGUAUUGAGCAAUUGAAACUGUGCGAUGGAUCAAAGGAUUGUGCAGAUGGAGCUGAUGAGCAACAAUGUUCCCAAAAUCUCUGCCCAUCCCUCGGUUGCCAAGCCGGAUGUCAUCCAUCCCCUCACGGAGGAGAAUGCACCUGUCCAUCUGGAUACAAACUCGACGACCGUUUCCAUCGCACUUGUUCCGAUAUCAAUGAGUGUGCUGAGUUUGGCUACUGUGACCAGCUAUGCGCGAACCAUCGCCCCGGCUUCACAUGCUCUUGUCUUGGAGACUGUUUCACACUUCAAAUGGAUCAUGGACCAGGAAAGGAUAAUCUGACGAUGAGAGGUUACUGUAUCUCGAAUAAUGCUGAUAAAAUGAAAUUGUUCGUGGCGAGAAGAGAGGGUCUGUAUCGAUUGAAUCCAAAGAAUCCAGAUGAAGAGGUUAAGAAGUUGGCUUCUGGAGAGUUCAUUUAUGGAAUUGAUUUCGAUUAUGGAGAUCGAAAAAUCUUCUGGACUGAUCGAUUGGCACACUCGGCGUUUAGUGCUGACGUCGAUGAUGAAGGAGAAAUUUCACAGAUUAAGAAGCUCAGCCUCAAAUCUCUUGUCUAUCCCCGCUGCUUGGCCGUUGACUGGAUUACCAACACUUUGUAUAUUAUUGAAUCUGGAUCCAGAAGAAUCGACGUCUCCUCAUAUGAUGGAGAUCGGAGAACUGUUCUUCUUGCCGAUGGACUCACUCUUCCAUUGGAUAUUGCUCUGGAUCCACUUAGAGGAGAAAUGUUCUUCACAAAUCAGCUGAAAAUCGAAGCUGCCGCAAUGGAUGGAACGAAUCGUCGCACUUUGGUCAACACUCACACCCAUCAAGUGUCCGGAAUCGUUGUCGAUAUCACUGCUAAGCGAGUCUACUGGGUUGAUCCCAAAGUUGAUCGAUUGGAAUCUAUUGAUUAUCAAGUAAGAAAACUUCUAGUCGAUUUUGAAUUCCCGCCACCUAAACACUUUUUUCUCCAGGGAAACGACCGUCGAAUUGUUGCCCAAGGCAUGAACACAGUUCCUCAUCCAUUCGGUCUCGCUCUCUUCGAUCAAUAUCUCUACUGGACCGACUGGACCCGCCUCGGCGUUGUUCAAGUCGAGAAAUUUGGAUCCGACACUAAACUUCUCUGGAGCAACACUGAGAACAACGUCUUCCCAAUGGGAAUCUCCGCGUAUCACCCGAUGGCUCAACCCGGACCCGGACAAUCCGAGUGUCUCGCCAUGAAGAUUGAGAAUCCAUGUACCAACGCGGAUUGCGAAGGAAUGUGUAUCCUGUCGAAGGAUAAUGGAGGAUUCGGUGUUGGAUACAAGUGUGCGUGUCCUAUUGGGCAGAAGCUGGUUAAUGGAAAGAGAUGUAUUGAUUCUAUUGAUUAUUUGUUGUUCUCCAGCAACAAGAUCGUCAGAGGUAUCUUCCCAGAAAUCGCUGAAAAGGCUUUGGCCGAAGCUGUUCUUCCAAUCUCGCCAAUUUCUCAAAGAAGAAUCGGAAUGUAUUUUGAAGUGGAGUGCGAUGUUCAUGGCAACUCUUUCUUCUAUGCUGAUAUCAUGGAUAACACUAUUUAUAGAAUCCGCCCCGAUGGAGAAGGAUCAGCGCCAGUGCUAGUCACUCAUAACGAUGGACUCUUCUCAAUGUCCUUUGACUGGAUUAGCAAGCAAUUGUACUAUGUAGACAAUAUUAGAAACAGUUUGGAGGUUGUGAAAAUUGGAGAAACUGGAUUGGUUCAACCGGAUGAGUUGGUUAGAAGACAACUGCUCACAGAGCUCAGAGAUCCAGUAUCAGUGGUUGUGCAUCCAUGGAAGGGAUUGUUGUUCUAUGCAGAGGCAAUGAGACCAGCUGCUAUCUAUAAAUGCCACAUCGACGGAACCAACUGUCAAGUCAUCCGGAAUACCACCCUCGGACGCCCAUCAGAAAUGGCCAUUGACUUUGAAGAGGACCGCAUCUGCUGGGGAGACACCCUACUGAAGACCAUCUCUUGUAUGGAUCUAGAUGGAAAAAAUGUGAACACUCUGGAUACCGACACCCCAAUUCCAGUGGCUAUUACUAUUCUGAAUGAGUACAUUUAUUACGUUCACCAACGUCCUUAUUCCAUCAGAAGAGUUCACAAGAAGAAUGGAGGAGGAAGCAAGAUUGUGCGAGAGUUUGGAGCUGAUGAACGCUCCAUCUUCUCACUCAAAGCCUGCUCUCACCAAAACCAACCGAUCCCAGAGGACUCUCGCGAGCACCCAUGCCGUGCCUCCCAAUGCACACAGCUCUGCUUUGCGACACCUUCAGAAUCCGACCCGAACACUCUCGAAGCCAAAUGCGCGUGUCGUGAAGGAUUCAAGAUCAACGCGGACAACAAUCACAGCUGCCAACGUGACAAAUCAGAAAGCAUCGAGGUCUUGUGCCCAAACAACUCAACUCAAUUCCUUUGCAAGAAUGGAAGAUGUAUUCCAAAAGAAUGGAAGUGCGACGGGGAGAAUGAUUGUUUGGAUGAGUCAGAUGAAGUUGACGAGAAAGGAGACAAGUGUUUCCAUGAGACAGAAUGCGCCGAGAACACCAUCAAGUGUCGAAACACCAAAAAGUGCAUCCCAGCUCAAUACGGAUGCGAUGGAGAUAACGAUUGUGGAGACUAUUCUGAUGAAGAUGUCAAGUACUGCAAAGAGGGACAGAAGCCAGUGUGUUCCGCUAAGAAAUUCCAAUGCGACAACCACAGAUGCAUUCCGGAGCAAUGGAAAUGUGACAGUGACAAUGAUUGUGGAGAUGGAUCAGAUGAGAAGAUCGAGCUCUGUGGGAAUGCCACUUGUGCAGCGAAUCAAUUCUCCUGCGCCAAUGGAAGAUGUAUUCCAAUCUAUUGGCUUUGUGAUGGAGAUAAUGAUUGUUACGAUGGAACUGAUGAAGAUAAAGAACGCUGUCCACCAGUUCAAUGCUCGGCUCUUCAGUUCAGAUGCGCCAAUGGUCGUCAGUGUGUUCCUUUGAGAAAUCAUUGCGAUGGACAGAACGAUUGUGAAGAUGGCUCUGACGAAGACUCGUGUGCAGUCUCCUCUGAAACCUGUACAUCGGACCAAUUCCAAUGUGUGUCUUCUGGAUUAUGCAUUCCGGCGUCGUGGAAGUGUGAUGGGCAAGUGGAUUGUGAUGAUGAGUCCGAUGAGCCAAGAUUCGGAUGUACUAGGGGAAGAGAGUGCAAAGCCGAUCAGUUCAAGUGCGGAAAUGGAAGAUGUAUUCUGAAUAACUGGCUGUGCGACGGCGAAAACGACUGCGGCGAUGGCUCCGACGAGUCUGCCGAACGUGGAUGCAAGUCUCCAAUGAACACAAGGAAGUGUCCAUUCGAACAUGUCCCCUGCGAGAAUGAUCCAGAAACGUGCAUCCCUCUACACCAACUCUGUGAUGGAAAGAGACAUUGUCCAGGUGGAACUGACGAAGGAGGACGGUGUGGAAGAGACUUGUGCUCCGCAGACCGAGCCGGAUGCGCAUUCAAGUGCCAUAACAGUCCGAAUGGUCCGAUUUGCAGUUGUCCGCAAGGAGAACAGUGUCAGUUUUUGAAAUUUCUUUUUCAGCUCGUCAACAAAACCAAAUGCGAACCUGAAAACGAGUGUCUCGAUGCUAGCAGCUGCUCCCAACACUGCAAAGAUGAGAAGCACGGAUUCACCUGCUCCUGUGAAGAAGGAUACGAACUGGAUGCCAACAAGAGAACUUGCAAGGUUCAGGACAAUGUCAAAGAUACUCGAAUCUACGUUUCAAACCGGAAUCGUAUCUACUAUAGUGACCAUAAGCUUGACAAUUGGCACACUUUUGGAGCAGUGGUGGAGAAUGCGAUUGCUCUUGCUUGGGAUAGUCUUACGGAUCGAAUCUAUUGGUCAGAUAUCCGAGAGAAAAAGAUUCUAUCUGCCAAUCGAAAUGGAACGAAUGCAACUGUUUUCAUUUCUGAUGGUUUGGAUAUCACUGAAGGAAUCGCGUUGGAUUGGGUUGGAAGAAAUCUGUACUGGGUUGACUCCUCCCUCAACACAAUCGAGGUUGCCAACUUGGAAGAUCCAAAACAGAGAACACUGCUGGUCCAUCAGAACAUCAGUCAGCCACGUGGUAUCGCUGUUGAUCCACGGAAAGGAGUCAUGUUCUGGACAGAUUGGGGACAGAAUCCAUGCAUCGAGAGAGCUUCUAUGGAUGGAUCGGAUCGUCAGAUCAUUGUCAAAACCAAGAUCUACUGGCCUAACACUAUUGCUCUAGACUUGACUACCAACCGAGUCUACUUUGCGGAUUCCAAACUUGACUUUAUCGAUUUUGUCAACUACGAUGGAACAGGAAGAACUCAAGUUCUCGCCUCCUCAAAAUUCGUUCAGCAUCCACACGCGUUGGCAAUCUUUGAGGACAUGAUGUACUACUCAGAUCGAAGACUUCAGAAGUUGCAAGUGUAUCCAAAGUAUCCAAAUGGGACCACCGGAGAGUAUCCAAGUCAUACAUUCAGUAAGGCUUUGGGAGUGGUCGCUGUCCAUCCAGCACUUCAACCAGUGAUCAAGAACAAUCCGUGCUCCAACAACCCAUGUAGUCAUUUGUGUUUGUUGAAUAAUAAGAAUGUGGGUUUUACCUUCACUUGCAAAUGUCCAAUGGGAGAAAAAUUGGAUGGAUCUGGAAAGAAGUGUGUCGACGAUGCUAAGCCAUUCCUUGUCAUCAUCCAGAAAACUAACGUCUUCGGAGUAGAGAUGGAUUCGUCUUCCGAGUCGACAUGGACUAGAAGAAGCCCAACCGGAACCCCAGAUCUUGCUGGCAUGGUCCCACUUUCCGGUCUUGGAAACGCCUUCGACGCCGCCUAUGACGCUCUCAGCGAAGAGAUGUUCAUUUUGGAGCACACCAACCACGCCAAGACUCUAGCUCAAAUCACAACGGACUCGGCUAUCUACCGUAGUACUGUGAACGGUGGAAAUAAGACAAAAAUGUUCUCAUCGGCGGUUCCGGAUGAUGCUUAUUGUCUUGGAUUCGAUUGGAACGGACGAAACUUGGUCGUCGGAAACAAGGUCACUCAAACCAUCGAAUUGAUCCGAACUCAAGGAAAACAAUAUCGAUCCGUGAUUCUUUCCAACGAUCAAUCGCCAACUGCAGUGGUGACACCUGUCUCGAUUGCUGUUGAUGCUGAUAAGGGAUACGUUUUCUGGCUGGAUCGAGGAGGCGGUGCUUCGGAUGCAAAGGUCGCACGAGCUGGAUUGGAUGGAAGCAACCCGUUGGUGAUUGCUAGCAAUGAUUUGGCAGAGUUGGAUCAUAUUGCAUUGGAUACUACCAAUCAGAGAGUCUACUUCUCGGAAGCCAAGGCUGGAAGGAUCUCCUCUGUUACCUACGAUGGUCAAGACCGUCACUACGUUCUCAGCGACGGCGGCCGCCAACCAAAUGGACUCGCUUUCCACGGAGAUCGCCUAUUCUACGCCGACUCUGCUUUCGAUUCCAUCGAAGUCGCUACAAUCCUCGGAGACUCCCAACCACCAUCUUGGACCCAUUUCAAAAAGGAUGUUGAGAAUCUUGCCAACAUCAAGGUGCUCCAACCAAGAGCGUCUUCUAGCAGCCAUCCAUGUCAUAUCAAUAACGGAAACUGUGAUCAUAUCUGCAUCCCACAAAUGUUCGCUCAACACGCUUGCUCAUGUGCGAACGGAUUCACAAAGGAUGGUCAGACAUCUUGUAAACUCUUCGAUGAAUCAUUUGUCAUUGUUGCUACCAAGACAAAGGUGACCGGAUACCCAAUCGAUGAGUCCCAAUCCAAGGGUGUUGCUAUGGAACCAAUCGGAGGUCUAUCCAUCACUGGAGUUGAUUAUGAUUUCGAAUCAAAGACCAUCUACGUGGCCGAAGCUUCUGGAAUCAACAAGGGAAUCACCGCCUAUACCAUCGGAGAGUCUGCACCAAGAGCAGUGAUUCGUGACUCGAUCGGAUCAUUGACAAUCAAGAGUUUGGCUAUUGACUGGAUCAAUUACAACAUGUACUUCAUCAACCACGACGCUGAACGAACCAACAUCGAGGUCUCCAAACUAGAUGGAACCUAUCGCAAGAUUUUGUUAACCACCAAGACAGAGACUCCAUCUUCUAUCGCUGUGGAUCCAGUUGCAAGAUAUUUGUAUUGGGCAGAUCAAGGACAGAAACCAAGCAUUCAACGAGCAUUCUUGGAUGGAUCCCGUCGCGAGGUCAUUGUUUCUUCUGGGAUCGGAGAGCCAACUGAUCUAGUAGUGGAUGUUGCCAGCAGAAUGAUCUAUUGGUCAGAUGCCAAACUGGAUGGAAUCUUCCGUGUCAGAAGUACAGGUGGAACGCCAGAACUUGUUCGAUCCGAUAUCGCAUCUGCUGCCGGAGUGGCUCUUCACGGACAGAACAUGUACUGGACAGACAACAGACUUGAGAAGCUCUUCCGAGCCACCUCGAAGCCUAACCAGACUUCCCUUCUCUUGUCUCCAACUACCGUUGCCGCAUCACUUAAGGAUAUUGGUGACGUGGCAGUGUUCUCGUCAACCAAUCAACCGAGAGCCAGCAGUCCAUGCCAGAUCACUGAUAACCUUCGGAAGAGCCCUUGUACUCAACUGUGCUUCGCCACACCUGGAACCCAGACACCAAUCUGUGCAUGUGCCAGAGGAGUGUUGAAGGGAAGAACUUGUGAAGAGCCAGACACUUAUCUCAUGUUCUCUGAUGGAGAUAAGAUCAUCGACGCCGCAAUCGAACCAGAUGUGAAGGCAUCUCGACCACUCAAGGAACCAUUCCCAGAGAUCACAAAUCUCCAGACUUUUGAUGUGGAUGUCAACCUGAGAAGAGUGUAUUUUGUAGUCGAAUCCCCGAUUGGAGUGAACAUCUCCUGGUUCUCGAUGAACAACGCUGAGAAUCCAAGACUGGUAUUCGGUGCUAGCAAACAGGCACACGCCAAGGAAGUUCGCCAUAUUUCUGAUAUGAAGUUGGAUUGGUUGACUCAAAAGAUCUAUUUCACAACUGGAAGAGGUGGAAAGGUUAUGGUUAUUGACGCAGCUGGUGAACACUUGUCGACGAUUGCUUCUGGAGACUGGACAUACGCUCUUGCUAUCGAUCCAUGUUCUGGCCUUCUUUUCUGGUCUGAUUCCGGAUACAAGACUAGCGGAGGACUCUACGAGCCAAGAAUCGAAAGAUCCAACUUGGCAGGUGGAAGUCGGAAGGUCAUUGUAUCCGAGUCGAUUUCCCUCCCAGCUGCUAUCACCGUCGACUUCAGAAACCAGAUGAUCUACUGGGCAGAUGUCAACAGACUCAACAUCGAAGUCGCCGAUUACAAUGGAGAGAACCGAAAGAUCAUUGCUUCAGGAUAUCGUGCAAAGUCCCUUGAUCUCUGGGAUCGUUGGCUCUACAUGAGUGAUCCAUUAAGUAAUGGAGUCUUCAGAAUCGAUAAGGAAUCUGGAUCUGGAUUGGAGAACGUCGUGAGCAAUAGAAGAAUCCCGGGAGCCCUCCGAGUGUUCGCUAGUGAAUCUGACGUCAGAACUCGUAACCAAGUUUGCAAUGCCCUAACCACUCAACUUUGCAAGAAUGACAAUGGAGGAUGUGAUCAGUUGUGCUCUGUGAUCGCCGACGAUGUUGGAUUGGCAGCCAGUAAGGUUCAAUGCUCGUGUAACGAUACUUAUGAAUUGGUACAAGAGCCUGGAAAGGACUAUCCAACUCAAUGUGUGCUCCGUGGGAGCUCUUCGGAGCCAGCAAAGGAAUGUCUGCCACCAUACAACUUCCAAUGUGGAGAUGGAUCAUGUAUUCUUUUGGGAGCCACUUGUGAUUCCAAGCCAGAUUGUCCAGAUGCUUCAGACGAGAAUCCAAACUACUGUAACACUCGUGCUUGCCCAGAUGGUUACCACCUGUGUACCAAUCGCCGUUGCAUUGACUCAGCCAAAAAGUGCAAUCACAUUGACGAUUGUGGAGAUGGAUCUGAUGAACUCGACUGCCCAUCAGCCGUCUCAUGUGCGGAAGGAACAUUCCCUUGCUCAAAUGGUCAUUGUAUCAACCAGACGAAGGUUUGUGAUGGUCACAAUGAUUGUCACGAUGAGCAAGUCUCCGAUGAGUCGCGUGCCACGUGUCCGAAUCUUCCGAUUGAUUGUCGUGGAGUCAAGAUUCGAUGCCCAAAUACCAACAUUUGCAUUCAACCAGCCGAUCUUUGUGAUGGUUACGAUGAUUGUGGAGAUAAGGCUGACGAAAAUCAAUUGUUCUGUAUGAACCAACAAUGUGCCCAACAUUACGUCCGUUGCCCAUCCGGAAGAUGUAUCCCAGAAACGUGGCAGUGUGAUGGAGACAAUGAUUGCUCAGAUGGCUGGGAUGAGACUCACACUAACUGUACCGACACUUCUGGUAAGAAGAUCUGUGUCGGUGACUACUUGUUCCAGUGCGACAAUCUCAAGUGCAUCUCCCGUGCGUUCAUUUGCGAUGGAGAGGAUGAUUGUGGAGAUGGAUCCGAUGAGCAUGCCAGACACGGAUGCGGUAACCGAACCUGCACCGAUCAAGAAUUCCAUUGCGCAUCGAAUGCAAAACUAGCUCAACCAAAAUACGAGUGUAUCCCCAGAGCCUGGCUUUGCGACGGUGACGUCACCUGUGCUGGAGGAGAGGACGAGUCUACAGAUCUUUGUAAAACCGAGAAGAAGGAGUGCAACAAGGGAGAAUUCAGAUGCAACAACCAACACUGUAUUCACGCGUCCUGGGAGUGCGAUGGAGAUAACGACUGCCUCGAUGGCUCCGAUGAGCACGCCAAUUGCACGUAUUCCUCCUGCCAGCCAGAUUUCUGGCAAUGUGCCAAUCAUAAAUGUGUGCCCAACUCGUGGAGAUGUGAUGGAAAUGAUGAUUGUGAGGAUGGAUCAGAUGAAAAGGACUGUCCAAAGAAUUCAGCAGCAGGACAGAAGACGUCGAAAUGCUCCAAGAGCCAAUUCCAAUGCACUUCCGGAGAAUGUAUCGAUGAUGCGAAGGUGUGCGAUAGAAACUUUGAUUGUGGAGACCGUUCGGAUGAGAGCUCGCUUUGCUUCAUUGACGAGUGCUCUCUUGCUGAGAAACCACUUUGCGAGCAGAAAUGCAUUGAUCAGAAGAUCGGAUACAAGUGUGAUUGCUUCGAAGGAUUCGCCAUUGAUGUUUCCGAUCAGAAGAGUUGUCACAAUGUUAAUGAGUGCUUCGAAGGAAUCUCGGGAUGCAGUCAGAAAUGCGACGACAAGAUCGGAUCCUACAAAUGCGCGUGCGUGGACGGCUACCAACUUUCUAGCGACGAUCAUAGCUGUAAACGUGUCGAAAUGGAACCAGAACCAUUCUUCCUUCUGGCCAACAAACACUACAUCAGAAAGAUCUCUAUGGAUGGAAACAAAUACGAACUGGCUGCACAAGGAUUUGAUAAUGUUGUCUCCCUUGAUAUCGAUCUUACUGAGAAGAAGGCGUAUCUUAUUGAUCAAGGAAAGCUCCGACUUCUGCGAGUCAACUUGGAUGAAAUGGAUUCUCCACUAUCUAGCUAUGAAACUGUCCUAAGACAUAAUGUCUAUGGAACCGAAGGAAUCGCUGUGGACUGGGUUGGACGGAAGCUCUACAUGCUUAAUCGUCAAGAGAGAUCAAUUCGAGUUUGUGAACUUGACGGUAGAUUCUGCAAAACUCUCAUUCGAGACAGAAUCCAACAACCAAAGGCAAUUGCUAUCCAUCCAGGAAAGGGAUACUUGUUCUUCACAGAAUGGUCUCUCCAACCAUACAUCGGAAGAAUGGCCCUCGACGGUUCUCCAGAGCUUCCAGAUCCAAUCUUCAAAUUGGCAGAACAUGAUCUAGGAUGGCCUAAUGCGAUUGCAAUCGACUAUUUCUCGGAUCGCCUCUUCUGGGGAGAUGCUCAUCUGAAUGAGAUCGGAUUCAUGGACUUUGAUGGAAACGGAAGACGUCAUAUACCAGCUCAACGUACCAGCCACGUCUCGUCCAUGGUGAUCUUCGACGACUACCUGUACUGGGCUGAUUGGAAUUUGAGAGAAGUUGUCAGAUGUGAUAAGUGGACUGGAAAGAACGAGACUGUGCUCAAGAAGACUGUCCAACUUCCGAAUGACUUGAGAAUCGUGCACCCGAUGAAACAGCCAGCCUACCCCAACCCAUGUGGAGACAACAACGGAGGAUGUUCUCAUCUUUGCUUGAUUGGAGCUGGCGGAAAUGGAUACACUUGCUCGUGUCCAGAUCAAUUCGUGCUUCUUCCCGAUCAGAAGACUUGUGAACCAAACUGCACGGAUCGUCAGUUUGCCUGCGGUGGCGACGAUGCCAAAUGCAUUCCAAAACUGUGGUAUUGCGAUGGAGAGCCAGAUUGUAGAGACGGAUCAGAUGAGCCUGGAGAGAGCAUCUGUGGACAGCGAAUUUGUCCAGUCGGAGAGUUCCAGUGCACCAAUCACAACUGCACCCGCCCAUUCCAAAUCUGCGAUGGAAAUGAUGAUUGUGGAGAUGGAACUGAUGAGCAGAACUGUGACAAGGCUUGUGAUCCAUGGAUGUUCAAGUGUGCGGCAACUGGGAGAUGCAUUCCAAAGAGAUUCACUUGUGAUGGAGAUGAUGAUUGUGGUGAUAGAUCAGACGAGGCUGAUUCCCUUUGUAUGUCACCGGACCGAAACUGCACAGCUGAGGAGUUCAGAUGCAACAAUAACAAGUGCAUCGCCAAGGCGUGGAGAUGUGAUAACGAUGAUGAUUGUGGAGAUGGAUCUGACGAGACUCCAGAAUGCGCUCAAAUCGAAUGCAAGAAGGGAUGGACUCGCUGCUCAUCCUCCUACAGAUGCAUCCCCAACUGGGCAUUCUGUAAUGGUCAAGACGAUUGCAGAGACAAUUCUGACGAAGACAAACAACGCUGUCCAACUUGCGACGAUGUUGGAGAGUUCCGAUGCGCCACGACUGGAAAAUGUAUUCCGAAACGUUGGAUGUGUGAUACCGAGAAUGAUUGUGGAGACAAUUCAGACGAGCUGGACGCCUCCUGUGGUGGAACUACUCGCCCAUGCUCCGAAUCUGAGUUCAGAUGUAACGAUGGGAAGUGUAUUCCAGGAAGCAAGGUUUGCGAUGGAACCAUUCAGUGUAGCGAUGGACUCGAUGAAUCUCAAUGUACCCUUCGAAGAUGUACGGCUGGUCAUAGACAGUGCGAUGAUGGUACUUGUAUUGCUGAGCAUAAGUGGUGUGAUAGAAAGAAGGACUGUCCGAAUGCAGCUGAUGAAUUGCAUUGUGAAGAUGUGUCUCGCCGAACAUGCUCUCCUUUCGAAUUCGAAUGUGCCAACUCCGUCUGCAUCCCACGCAAAUUCAUGUGCGACGGUGACAACGACUGCGGAGACAACUCUGACGAGACAUCCACCGAAUGCCGAAUGGCUCAAUGCGAUCCUCCACUUCGUUUCCGCUGUGCUCACUCUCGUCUCUGCUUGAACAUCCUUCAACUGUGCAAUGGAAUGCCCGAUUGUGGACCAAAUGACUUCUCAGAUGAGCAUUUGUCAAUGUGCUCUAGCUUCUCGGAAGGAUCGGAUUGUGCAUCGGAUCAGUUCAAGUGUUCCAAUGGAAAAUGUGUGAAUGCCACGUUGGCUUGUGAUAGGAAGGAUGAUUGUGGUGAUGCGUCGGAUGAGAUCGGAUGUUGUAAGUUUUUUCAAACUUCCCAAAAUUUUGGACAAUUUCGAAACAUUCCAAUUUUUUUAAGUUUGGAAUUCAGAGUUGAAAUCGCGACCAAACACGGAGGCAAGACUUCCUGCGAAGCAUUCGGGAACAACGGGGGCUGCAAACAAAUCUGCACAGAUGUUCGCGAUGGAUUCUACUGUCACUGCCGAGAUGGCUUCCGUCCCGAUCCACAAAGUCCUAAGGAAUGUAUCGACAUCGAUGAAUGUGCUGGAAACAACACUUGCACCCAACUCUGCCUCAACACCAAAGGAUCCUAUCUAUGCAGAUGUCACGAGGAUUACGAGAAUAAUGUAGUCGUUGGAUCAAUGACUGGAAAGGAUUGUCGAGCGAAGGGAGAUGCUGCGAACGUCAUGAUCGGAGCGGAUUCUUCUCUUGUACAACUGUCACUUCAUGGUACUGGAACCAAUCGUCACGCUGCCGCAAAGGCCAAUGAUGAGGAUAGCGAUAUCAUUGGAAUUGCAUUUGAUCCAAGAAAAGAGUUGAUGUAUUGGAUUGAUGGAAGUGAAAGGACAAUCUACCGUAGUGCAAUUUCCAAUGGAAAUCAGAGUCAUGAAGGACAAAAACUUGAUAUUGAUUUCGCAGGAAUGGGAGUAGUUCCAACCGCCAUUGCUGUCGACUACACCACUGGCAACCUCUUCGUGGCUGCUGUAUCUGAAGACGUGGAGAAUGGUUUGGUGACGGCGAGAAAGAAAAGAAUGUCGGAACCAAUUGACAAUCAGAACACUGGAUUCAUCUUUUUGGCACUUCCGGAUGGGAGAUACGUGAAAAAGAUCGUCGCUGGACAUCUUCAACAGCCAACUGCUCUGAUCACAGCACCAUCAGCAGGUCGUAUCUGCUACUCGGAUGCAGGUCUCCAUGCAAAGAUUGAGUGUGCUGAUAUGGAUGGAACCCAUCGGCAGAUUAUUGUCAAGGAUCUUGUAUUCUCCCCAACCUCGAUGGCUAUCGACGAAGGAAAGAACAACAGAAUCUAUUGGGUGGAUCCCAAGUAUCGAAGAGUUGACGCAGUGAACAUUGAUGGAACUGAUAGGACUACUGUAGUUCACGACAAGCACAUUCCUUAUGCAGUUGACGUCUUCGAAAAUCACAUUUACUGGCUGAGCAGAGAAUCAAAGACGCUCUACGUUCAGGAUAAGUUCGGAAGAGGAAGAGUGUCAGUGUUGGCGUCGGAUCUUGAAGAUGGGCAUACUGUAAGAGUCAGUCAGAAAUAUGCAAAGGACACACAACGAGUGGUAUCUGGAUGUGAGCGUGCUCAAUGCUCUCAUCUCUGCGUAACCCUGCCAUCUAGUGGAUUCGCUUGUCUCUGCCCAGAAGGAAUCGUCCCGCAAAUGGAUGGAUCAUGUGCAACUCAACAUGUCGAAGCACUCACGAUGCCUAAGCAGUGUAAAUGCACAAAUGGAGGAAAGUGUCGUUUGGAUGGAUCCUGUGAGUGUACAUCGGACUUUGAAGGAGACUUGUGCGAUAAGGAAAGUAGUGUUAGCCGACGAAUCAUUGGAACACUUUCUGAGAACUUCUUCACCGUUCUAUUAUACAUUUUGGCAUUCUUGGCUGCAUUCGGAUUGAUUGGAUUCAUUGGAUUAAAUGUUUAUAAGCGACGACAGCUGUUAUUCAAAAAGAAUGAGGCAGCUGAUGGAAGUGUGUCGUUCCAUGGAAAUGUCAUUUCGUUUAGUAAUCCAGUGUUGGAGUCGAAACAGGAUGCCCCCGGAAGCGAGUUUAGUAUGCAACAAAUGACAUCGAUGCACGAUGAUUCGACAACCUUCACAAAUCCAGUAUACGAUCUAGAAGACGUCGAUAUGUCAUCUCCAAGAUCUGAUAAUCGACCAUCCACGUCAUCAGCCAUGUCACCAAAUGGACCAUCUACGUCUUCUGCUUCUUCUUCUUUUGUACCACCUACAUUCAACCAAGAUGAGAUUGAAGUGAAGACAUCGGAUCAAGUUAUUGUUCCAAAAGUGGAAAUCUCGAAACCUCCAAUUCCGGCCCGACCCAACAAAAAGGAGAAAAAAGAGGAGACACUUCGUGUCGACAAUCCCCUGUACGAUCCGGAUUCUGAAGUUUCCGACGUCUAA